CCCCCGUGCUCGCACUAGGUUUCACAAUUGCAUACAAAGUCAGUCUUGCAUCACAAGACUAUAGUAUUGUUGCAGAAGUGAUUAAACAAUUGAGUGAGGUUUUUCACCCUUUGAUAUUUGACUUUUAAAGUAGCAAAAUGGGUUCUAUGCGUUUAUUUUUCAGCAUUUCUUUGUUUUGUAUUGCGAGUAGUAGUAUUUUGAAAUUCAGACCAUCAAACGAUGUACAAGAUUUGUAUGACUACUUGAUGAAACCAUCCGUUCCAUCCAGAAACAGGAAUCCUGAAUAUUAUAAACAGUUUGGUUUAGAGGUUCCGACACAGUUGAAAGCAUUCAGUUAUACGAAUUGUGGAAACCCGGCGACAGAGCUGGCUGUAUUGACAGCAUUAACUGUUUCACCUGAUCCAAUAGCUCUUCCUGGAACAGUUACUAUUGGGUUUGGCGUGAAUAUCAGAAAAACAUUUGACUCUCCACUUCAGAUGAGUGUUAAGAUAGAAAAAUCUGUUUUUGGAACUUAUAUCACCAUCCCAUGUGUUGAGAAUUUUGGAUCCUGUGACUAUUCUGAUUUCUGUGCAAUCCUGGCUGGUGUUCAGUGUCCAGGUGAAUUUGUCGACAAAGGAAUCCCUUGUAAAUGUCCAUUCACUAAUGGAAACUACACUUUACCUGGUAUAAGUUUUCCCGUCGAUGUGCCUUUCUUACCAAGUGGAGACUACAGGGCUUCAGCUAAUAUGACAUAUAAUGGUCUAAAUGUAGGCUGUUAUCAAAUAAUGGCAACGUUUGCUUAAUUUCUUUAAAUCAUCACCUUAAUCAGGUUUUAACUCACUUGGUCUUUUUAUGUGGAAUGUGGAUACGUCGAUAGAGCGCAGAAUCUAUAUAAAAUAAUAAAUUCCCAAAUAACGGUAGUUAUAUCGAAUAUGUUUUGACCCAUAUAUGAUUCCUAUCCACCCACCUUCCCUCCCUAAAAAAAUUUUAAAAAAAGAUUAAAACUCAUGCGUUUUUUAGUGUUUUUGAGAAGAAAAUCUUUAGUUUUAGGUUUGUUUUUUUAGUUCUCACCUAGGUGAGAAUAUUCCGGUCGACAAAUUUUGGUACUUU